UUUAUAAACGUACAUAUAUGCAUCAGUUCAUUGUACAAAACAUAACAAGUAACGUUUGAUUUUUGUUCUUCCGAUUGUUUUGUACAAUUGUUCGAUUGUGCGGUAAUACAGGAUCAUCUAAAACAAUUGUACAUCAUAUAACGAAUAUCAUGGACCAUCGAUUAAAACAUCAUGGUUAUUCGAUAGUUUAGCUAAACAAUAUUGUUGCAGUCACUGGUACACUAAAAAAUGCUAAUGACCUUUUACACAACAAUCGAUGUUUACAAAAAAUCUAUAUCGAUUAUUAGUAUUUUCGAAGAAUAGUACAGAAAAUAAAUACAUAUAUAAAUAAUAUACAUGUAUUAUAAUACAACAAUACUAUUUGCCGAUAAGUCAGCACCGUCUGCAGAGCCGCGCCGCAUCAAACAUGUCAGCGUUUUUCCUGUACUCUUUAAUCUUAAUGACCGUGACCACAACUAUGGUGGCACACGCCGCAUUCAUCGGGAGCACUAAUUCUAAUGACAGGCCGGGCAUUGAUAUUGUUCAUCUGGUCAAGAGGGACGCCAACUACGACGAUAAUAGUGUCGAAAGCGACGAAGGUUUUUUUUUUAGUUUUACAAAUUUUUUUGGACAUACAAAACAAGAUGAUGAUGACGAUAAACCGGAAUUCAUUACCACUUUUGACAUACUUAAACUUUUGGACGAGAAAUACGCUAUGAAACAAUUCUAUUGCGUCAUAAACGAAGAUCCGUGCGAUGCAGUCGGAUUGAGGCUCAAAGCUAGUAUACCCGAAGAAAUUAACAGGGGCUGUGAACGCUGUACCUCAACAGAGACUAGCAAUAUUCGACGAAUUGUGAAUUACGUGAAAAAACACUAUCCAGAAUUUUGGAAUCGUGUUGAACCAAUUUAUAAAAAUAAAAUGACUGCCAAAACUACUUAUACCGUUAAAACAAUUCGCAACAAUACAAAUAACGUCACGUUGUUCAUAAAUAAUUAAUAUUUAUUUUAACAGAAAUAUAUAAUUAUAUCUA